CUGUAGGGUUUGACACAGAGGAAAAGGCUGGUAGAAACGAUGGGGGAUUUCCGAUUGUUUUUCAAAUAAAAACUGUGCUUUCGCAGAGUACAAAAAGUUCAUUGAGAGACCAAUUUCAAAUGGCAUCUGUGUUGGAGGAUCCUACUCUUGAACGUCAUUUCAAAGGUCACAAAGAUGCAGUUACUUGUGCAGAUUUUAGUCCCACUAACAAGCAGCUGGCUACUGGAUCAGCUGACACAUUCCUUAUGAUUUGGAAUCUGAAGCCCAAGGCCAGAGCGUUCAGAUUUUUUGGUCACAAAGAUGUUGUCUCCAGUGUCCAGUUCUCUCCAUCUGGCAGCCUCGUGGCUUCUGGGUCUCGGGACAGAACGGUACGACUGUGGACACCAAGCAUCAAAGGUGAGUCGACAGUGUUCACAGCUCAUACAGCUACGGUGCGCAGUGUCAGCUUCUCACAGGAUGGACAGAAACUGGUUACUGCUUCUGAUGACAAAUCGCUAAAAGUGUGGAGUGUUCAUCGCCAGCGUUUCUUGUUCUCUCUAAACCAGCACACCAAUUGGGUUCGUUGUGCCAGGUUUUCACCUGACGGAAGGCUCAUUGUCUCCUGUGGCGAUGACCGGUCUGUGCGGCUGUGGGACACAACAAGCCGACAGUGCAUCAACACUUUCACAGACUAUGGAGGGUCUGCUGCAACGUUCGUGGACUUCAAUUCCAGUGGAACCUGCAUAGCCUCUUCGGGUGCAGAUAACACCUUGAAGAUAUGGGAUAUACGGACAAACAAACUAUUGCAGCAUUACCAAAUUCACAGCGCUGGGAUCAAUUGCUUUUCCUUCCAUCCUUCUGGUAACUACCUCAUCACCGCAUCUAGUGACAGCACUGUGAAGAUUGUGGAUCUUCUGGAAGGAAGACUCAUUUACACCCUACAUGGACAUCAGGGGCCUAUUCUAGCUGUAGCCUUUUCUCGUGGAGGGGACUACUUUGCUUCUGGUGGCACUGAUUCUCAGGUUCUGGUGUGGAAAACGAACUUUGAUGCGUUUAACUACAAGGACGUUCUAAAGCACAACAGAAGCCGUGUCAACCCAGACCCCCCUCCACACCUGACGAACAUCUACCCCAGGUCGCCCCACUCGCAUACCGUGUCUCCUUCAUCCAUCCAGGUCAAUCCUUCUGUGGCAGAUACACAGACUGUAGAUCCACAUGUUGUUGAAAUAGGACAAUCUCUUUAUCCAAAGAUGGGAGGAAGCAGUCAUGAGAACGGAGUACCAGCCAGCAGGGGCUGGCCUGGUGGCAGAAGUUUCCAGCCGCCUCACAGGUCUAGCGGAGGGCAGGAGGAAGAAGGGGAGACAUGUGCUGUGACCUUUCCCUUGGAGGAGCACACCGGCUUCCCUUCGAAUUUUGCCAGCACCCUGGAGCACAUUGUGGAGCAACUGGAUGUCUUGACACAGACUGUAGCUGUGCUGGAAAAACGGCUGACACUGACAGAGGACAAGCUGAAGGAAUGCCUGGAGAAUCAGGCACAGAUUGUGCUGCAGGUGCGAGAGGCCGAGGAGAGGGAGGCAGAAAGCGGAUCUUGUAACUCAUCUUUGUAGAACUUCCAUACCCAGGACAUGGGGCCCCUGGGCAGCCUGCCUGGUGGUCUUUGCUUUGGGUCAUUGGUUUGAGUCUGACCAUUGGAGGCUUCUUUUUUCUUAAUCACCCAGCUGUUCAGCUAAAUGCAUGUUUACCGGACUCCUACAUAAAAUGAGGUACAGGAACCUUAUUGUGGCUUAACAUGUGAACUCCUGGAGGACAGCUGCAGCUAGGAAAGCCAAAACAUUGUUUUGACAGAACAAAACAAAUGUCACUCAGGGCUGCAAUGCACAAGGGCAGGUUCAUCCAGUUCCUCACAUUUCAACAUCUGUGGAAUGCAGGUUUAAAGCAAAGCUUUAACUUUGUCGGUGUAACAGUUUUAUGUUGCAGUGCUCAGGAUUUUAUCAUAUUUGUACCUAUUUAAUAGCCUGUAUGUUUUACCGAUUAGCAUGGUUUUAAAAGAAAUUAUUUUUAAGAGCUAAAGAAUAAAAAAAAUCUUUCUCACCUUAAAAGAGUAGUAACUGCUUUGUAAAUAAAAAUGCAUAUGCAGUUCAAGACACAAAAAACACCAGUUUCCUACCUGACAGGCUAAACUUUUAAAAAGACUUUUACAAGUUUGUUUAUUCUUGGUUCCACAGCCUCUCAAAUAUCUAGAACAAAUGUCAGCUGUAUCAAACAUGUCUUCAAACACUGUAUCAAAACCCUCAGCAUCACAAGGGUUAAUAAUUUAAUUUGACUAAAGGUCUAAAAGUGUCUUAUAAGUCUUUUCUUCAUACUUUUGUGCUAUACAGUUUCACAACCAGACAAAAUAAAAAUGGUACAGAAUUUUUCCACAACAUCUGCAGUGUGCGCGCAGUGGUCCGUGAAGUCAUUUUUACAUAAUCUUAACAUAAUUUUAUGUUUUAAUGUUUUUGUUAAAUUUCUAACAAUUUGUUUAGUAUUACUUUUUCAAAAAUGCUCCAAGACCAUGGAAUUAAAAUUAAGUAAGUCUUCAUCAUUCCUCUCUGUCAGCACGGUUAGAAGUCCUAAGUGCCUGAAUAAAAAAGGUUAAAGCAUGA